GCGGAUCGAAGCGCGCUACUGGUACGACGGAAGAAACAUCACCAAUGCCAGGGAGGAUGCCGCGGAGGCGGCUCUAAACUGGCUUUCGACCCAAGCAAGCUUGAACUCGAACUGGUAAAAAGCGCUCUCCUCGGACGUAUCACCGACCCACGUAUUCUACUCGAUUUUUGUGCUUGACUCAGGGUUCUUCGACCCGAACAUGCGUGACUCCUUUUCUUCCCCAAAUAUUUCUCCUUCCCAAUUCGCGCGAAUUGAUUCACUUCAAUACCCCCUAUUUUACCCGACGAUGGUCUUUUGCGACUAUGUCUCCUCGCUUUGCACUUGAACUUCCUGUUCUGUACGAUACUAGCAAAUCGGAGUUUGGGAAAGGAUUUGGCAGCCCCACGGCAAGGAGACGGAAAGGAAAGAAAAAAAAAGAUGAGAGAGAAGGGAGAAGACACUUACAUCAGCAUUCUUAUGGAUUCGGCGCACGCACCUACUUCAUUGAUUGGCUUCCAAUGGACGACAGAAUUGGGGAUUUAGCAUUCCGGUCCACUAUGCGCAUUUUCAGGCAGCAAAGAGACAUGUUUAUCACUACAACCAGGGGGGAUCAUCACCAGGACAGGAACACAAAAGCAGGGGUUUAUUUUUUCGGGAGGACCAGGCGCAGGGCAUUUAUUGAUUCGCCAUAUCUUGUCUUUACUAUUAUCCAGAAGCGAAUCGCGGAAGGGAUUAUUUGUUGGUCUGUUCUUGCUAUCUUCGUCUUCCUUUCUUUCCUCUUGCUUCUUUUCGCGGGUUCAAAUUUCUUUCUGUCAAAUACGUGUAUGCUUCCUAGGCUACGAACAUGGGAAUUCGGAUUUUGUUGGGCUUAUGGUCAGGGAAUAGGAAUUAAGACAUGUGCGAAAGAAGAAAUCGGAGGGGGAAGAAUAAACAAAAAGGAAAAAAAAGCAUCGGCUCGUUUUAGAAACACCGGGAGAGGAAAACUCGGAAUUGCGAUCAGUCUGAUCGAGGAGUAGGUAAUGAAUUAUGUCGAUCUCUUACAAAAGCUUGGAUUCUAUUAUCGUUGCUUUUCCAUCGAUAUUUUUUUUUUUCAAUGGAACUGAGAAAGAUAAAAUAUCCGAAUUACUGAAUCCCCCCAAAUGACGUUAUGCCCGCGCUCUCCUCAAAACAUUUUGUAUGAGGUAUUGCGUGUGCUGAUGUUCCUGCUUACUGUAGCAUGCCAUGCGUAUGCACGCACUCCUGAAAUUCGUCUGAUAAAAAGGAAAACGGAAUACGCAAUGCAACGCCAGCCAGGGACGGGGCGUAAGCUACCCUACUUUACCCUACCUACCUUAGCAGCAUACCCUACCUAGUAGCCACUGGACACGCUAGCA